GAACUGAACAAACAGAAAAAAAAAAGUUGAAUCAAAACAAAAAUUAACUAUGAUUUCAUGUGAUUGAAAUAUACAGACAUCAUCCUACAUAACUACCAUUUAUACUUCUUAUAUUGAUAAACAUUGAUCAUGGAUAAGAUAGUAUCACAGUUAGAAGAAUGGAAGUCAAGCUUACCAUCUGAUUUCGAACAAGUUAAAAGCUAUGUGGUUCAAGUUCAAGAAUCCAUACCAACUUCAAUUGAAGAAUUACAACCUCAUAUUGAUUAUGUUAAAUCUAUAACUCCUCAAGAUAUCAUUGAUGAUUUCUCACAAUUAAAAGUUAGUCCAAUCACUGUAUCAUUAACCAUCACUGCGUUAACUACCAUACUUAUCAUUUCCAAAGUAUUAUUAGGUUCAAAAUCAAGUGCUGCCAAAACUGCCAAUAAAAAGAAGAAGCCAAAGAAGAAGCUUAGUAAAGCUCAAAGGGCUAAUAAAACCAUUCAAGAUAUUCUUGACUUUGUUGAAUCAGAAUAUGUUCCUCAAAUUGAUGAUUAUUUACAUAAUCAUAAGGAUUUAUCUCAAGAAGAUGUUGAAUAUAAAUAUAAUUACUUUGAAGAAAUGUUAUUGAAAGAAUUAGUCAAAUUAGAUGCUAUUGAUGUCACUGGUAAUGAAAUAUUAAGAGAUAAUAGAAAGAAAGUAAUUAAAUUCAUUCAAGAUCAUCAUCAAAGAUUAGAUAAGUUUAAAAAGGAAGCUAAAUUCUAGAUAAAUCUAUAUUUAUUAAAAAAAGCUAAACGUACAUAUAUAUAUAUAUAAUUAG